GUCCCGCGCUCGCACAUCGUCCUGGCGGUCUUUUUCGUGUGGAUCCUGCUUGUCGCCUUCGUCGUCCUCCCGGGCUCCUUCACCAGCGACAAGCGCAAGCAGGACGGCGAGACGGUGGAGAUCCCCCUGGGCGGCGCCGACGCCGACAGGAAGAAGCUGUCCCUGACGCCGGCCAACACGGCCGCCCUGGUCAUCGGCUCCGUCUGCGUCCUCACCGGCGCCUUCGGCUCGGCCUGGCUCGGCCUGCGCUGGCGCCGCAACCACGUCUUCCUGCUCAACAGGCUGUACAUGCCCCUCGUCCUCAACGCCCUCGCCGGCAUGCUGGCGACCAUCACGAGCGUCUACACGCAGCAGGCGGGCGAGUGGGGGCCGCAGGCGGUCGUCACGAUCGUGGUGGAGGCCGUGGUGCUGGGGUUGAGCCUCAUCUUCUUCUUCCUGCACAACUACUGGUUGAUGCAGCGGGUGGCGAGCGACGAGGAG